AUGGAUUCGCUGGCCCCAGCAAGCGCUUGGUUUGGGUUGAAUCUUUUCAAAGACCUGAGUAAAACGGAUGAAGGCAACGUCUUGUUUUCCCCUGCGGGCAUCUCAACCACCAUCGGAAUGCUGCCCCCGGUGGCCCCGGGGGCCGCUGCCACCCAGCUGCAGGAGGUGCCUUUCUCUGAAAAAGACACAGAAAGCUCAAGAAUCAAAGAAGAAAAAGGGUUAGAGAAGACAGAAGAGGUACAUCGCCAGUUCCAAAGGGUUUUGAGUGAGAUAAGCAAACCCAAUGAUGAUUAUGAACUGAAAAUAGCCAAUCGGCUGUUUGGAGAAAAGACAUACCUCUUCCCUCAAAAAUACUUAGAUUAUGUUGAAAAACAUUACCAUGCUUCUCUGGAACCUGUUGAUUUUGUAAAUGCAGCAGAUGAAAGUCGAAAGAAGAUUAAUUCCUGGGUUGAAAGCCAAACAAAUGAAAAAAUAAAGGACCUGCUUCCAGACGGCUCUUUAAGCAGCUCCAUCAAGCUGGUGGUGGUGAAUGUAAUUUAUUUUAAAGGGCAAUGGAACAGGGAGUUUACGAAAGAAAAUACCAAGGAGGAGAAAUUUUGGCUGAAUAAGAGCGCAAGCAAGUCUGUGCUGAUGAUGACGCAGCGCCGGUCCUUUAGCUUCAAGGCCCUGGAGGAUGUGCCAGCCAAACUUCUGGGCCUUCCGUGUCGAGGCCAUGGCCUCAGCAUGUUCGUGCUGCUGCCCAAUGACAUGGGCGGUCUGGAGAAGAUUAUAGAUAAAAUAACUCCUGAGAAGUUAAUAGAGUGGACUAGCGCGGGGCGUAUGGAAGAGAGGGCCGUGGACUUGCACUUGCCCCGGUUCCGGGCGGCGGGCAGUUACGACCUGGAGGCCGCCUCCGCGGGGCUGCGCGCCGCCGGCCUCGCGGGGAGCCCCGGGGGCGCCGGGCUGCGGGCCCACAAGCUGCUGCACAGGGCGGUGCUGGAGGUGACCGAGGCGGGCACGGAGGCUGCGGCCGCCACCGCUGUGGGCUUCGCCGUCACGGAGGCCCCAGACUGGGAACGUUUUCACUGCAAUCACCCUUUCCUGUUCUUCAUCAGGCACAACGAGUCCGACAGCGUCCUUUUCUUUGGCCGAUUUUCUUCUCCUUAG